AUGCGGAAGACGUUAUUCUCCUCCAUGCACAAUUUGUCCCACACAGGAGCUAAUGCCUCAAUACGGCUGAUCACAGACAGAUUUGUUUGGCCACACAUGAAAACUGACAUUCGGCAAUGGUCAAAGACAUGUGUGCCGUGUCAGAGGGCCAAAGUGGGGAGACAUACCCGUUCACCUCCUGGUUCCUUUCCAUCACCCGACGAGCGGUUUGCACAUGUUCACGUGGACAUCACAGGACCACUCCCUUCAUGUGAGGGAAAGACAUAUCUAUUGACAUGUGUUGAUCGUUUCUCCCGUUGGUGUGAGGCUCUUCCCAUGUCGGACAUUACGGCACAUUCCACUGCAAAGACUUUUGUUUCCGGAUGGGUUUUCCCGUUUUGGGGUCCCUGCUUUAAUUACUACAGACAGAGGGCGGCAAUUCGAGUCAGACCUGUUCAACCAACUGAUGAGGAUCUUGGGGAAUAA